CGAUGCACACGGCGCCCAGCGGCCAGGCUCUCGGCUCUGCCCCCAGCACAUCGUGCCUCGUGCUGCGUGCACCUCCAGCGUACAAUUCGCUCCCGGAUUGCCCGUACGUGGGUGCGUGGGUGCGUGCAUGCUUGCCGUGUGACAGGCGCUGGAGCUGCUCCUGCUGCUGCUGGUGUCGUUGCUGUCCGGUUUUUAUGGGUGCAGAGGUGAUUUAGUGCGGCGUGCGUGCGUGCGUCUUGCCCGUCUAACUGUUCGUCGUCUACCUGCGUGCGUACGUACGUCUGGGGAUUCAAGACGCGUGCCAAGAGUCAAACGGCUGGGGUAAUACGCCGGGUGAACAUGCCGAAAAGGAUAUCACUUGCGUAUUACCACCUGCACCACAGAUCUGCGGACAGCGAAGAGGCGGCGUAGAGCUGCAUGACGACGCAGCAUGGGCAGAGCUGAUGCUGGGGGAGGAUGGAAAGGAGUAUGGUUGAGCAUAAUCGUGAUGCUGGGAGGAUCGGGUGGUGUGGAGGGUGCAGGAAGCUGCGGACUUGCGGAGCUGGGCUGCAAAGACGGUCAUUGCGUGCCACUAGACGCGUACUGCGACGGUAAGGACGACUGUGGAGACGGAAGUGACGAGCCGGCAUUGUGCACGCCGUGCAACCGGACGUACCACGGAGUGGAGGGCCGGACGUAUAAGCUGGUGCUUCUGCGGCCGGUGCAGGUGCGGCUACCCUUCUUCUGCCACCUGACAUUCACGGCUGGGGGUCCCGGGCACGGCGAAUUGGUCCAACUUCUUUGGGAGGAGUUCAAAAUCGGUCGGUUGGACCCGGAUGCCAAGGACGCAACGGGCAGCUGCCCCGAGGGCUCGCUACAGCUCGCGGAGCUGGGUCGGCCCUUUACGGGGGGCUCAUGGUGCGGUGCGGGGAAAGGGCGCGCCUCCUACUACAGCGAAACGAGCACCGUGACGGCCUCCGUCAGGCUCUUCCACGCGCCGACGUCGGUCCCCUUCGAGUUCAGCCUGCGCUACCGGUUCGUCGCGCGAAGCGAAGCGAUCGCGCGGCUGGGCCAGCCGGGACUACCGUUUGAGCGGGGGGCCCCGGUACCAGGGACCUACUGUUCGAGGAACUUUUACGAGUGCUACCGUAAGCGGUGUCGCGUCCAGAGUCCGAACUACCCGGGCGAGUAUCCGCGCAACGCGACCUGCCUACUGAAUCUGCGUCAGAAGGAGGUCCCCACCUGCAAGCACGCCAUGAUGGCCGUCAGGCCCAGCGCUCCGGGGCCCGCCGGUCUCGCCGCGAGUAACACCACCCUCGCCGUCUGGCAGGACUGCCCCCCCGAGCGGGACCGCAUCGUCAUUCGCGACGGCACGGGGCCCGACGACCCCGUGCUUCUCACCUACUGCGGGGGGCCCCUCCCUCGCGUCACAGCACGGGGCCCCACCAUGCUCGUCGAAUUUCGCAGCUCCCCUCUCGCCAUCCCCCUCGGCGCGUCCGCGCUCAGACUCGAACUCGAGGCCGAGGUCGUCUUCGUCGACUCCGACGGGCUCGACUACGCCCGCGGUAUCCAGGGCUGCCACUUCUUCGUUAACGGCACGGCUUGGCGCUCCGGCGUCCUCAAGGCCCCCCUUCAUUCUCUGCCACCCGGCUCGAGCUGCACCUGGAACAUUCAGGGCCUCUCUGGCGACCGCGUCUGGAUUUACUUCUCGUCCUAUUCUCAACGCGACCUCACUGGCAACGCUGAAAACAACGUCAGCGCUCAGACCGAUCGGCCCUGCGCCGUCAAAAUCACCCUCUGGGACGGUACCCCAAGCAGUGGGCUACCCAUUGUUACUCUCUGCGACGAGGCACCGAGACUCUGCGCUCACGCGGCUCUUCGCAAUGCCACCAGGGCUACUAGGCCAUGUACCGCCGAAGAAAGCUACCUCACUGUCGCCCCGACUCUCACCCUCAAGAUGGAAAGUUCACCUGGGACGGUGCUGCAUACAGUCAACUUUCAGGCGCGGUACGAAUUCGUGGCAACGUUGCAGGGCGGCGAGAGCUGGAUCGAGGGUGCGUGCAAUCGGGUGUGGCGGAAGGUACGAGCGGGGACCAUAACGUCGCCAAGGGACGUCCGUCUCUUCGGUAGGGGCGGCGCGUCGCGGUUGGAGUGCCGCUACCGCGUCGAAGGGGGCCCGGGUGAGCGGGUCCGUCUUACCCUGCACAACGCAAGUCUCGGGGAGUUGACGACUUGCGUAAGCGAGCCGGAUUCCCACACGGGGCGACCGCGUUGCUUACCGGAAGUCGGAUCGCGGGAGGCCCACCUGACGCUCUUCGAGGCGCCCUGGAGGGACUUCAGACUGCCGCGGGCCUGCCUUUGCGACAACACCUCGCACCUCCCCCUGACUCACAUAUCGACGAGCCGAGCCCUGGAGAUCACGUUCCUUGUCGAUCAACAAGCCCCGCACGAGGAUUUUGAAACCGUAUAUUUCCACGCGAGCUUCGAGCUCGUUAGGGUGCCGGAGUGCCCGCGAAAACAGAGGGUUCGGGGCGAAGGUGGGGAGCUCAGGUUCGUCGCACCCCCGCUAUCCAGGCCCGAUAUAUACUGCGAGGGCCUCCCGUGGCUCGUUGAGGCCCGGGAAAAUCGCUCGCUGUUUCUCCUCACCUGGGGCUGGUUUCUGCCCCUCGACUCGAACCCCGCCGUCGGUCAGUCCGUCAUCAGCGACGCGCCGCGAUGCCCCACGAGCAAUCGCGUCCUCCUGUACUCUGGGAAGCCCCCCAAACUCCUCAAGGUUGUCUGUCCUGCCGAGCCCGGUGCCCGGGAGUACGCCGUUCACGUCUUCUCCGAGGAGUGGCUCAGCACCGAGGGGGAGGGGGGCGCGGGCAAGGAUGCCUGGCUGGGACCCCCGCGGGCCCCGGCCCUUCUCAUCGACUUCGUCGCUAGGGAGCCGGGACAGGCCGCGGCUUCUUGGCUCGAAAUAUCCAGGAGCAGAUCGGCCCUCCGGAGGCAGCUGAGACUCCCCGAACGCGGCGUCGAAAAUGACACAUCUACAACCGGUGACUGUCCGCACAGGUGCCCAGAACUCGGUGCAUGCAUUGCUGCCAGCCUAUGGUGCGACGGCAGGCCCCAUUGCCCAUCUGGUCACGACGAGGAACACUGUGGAAACGGCGCAAGGCUCUUGGGCAUGCUUCCCCCCGCCGUUUGGCUCUUCGUCGCCGGGACUGCCGGCGUCGUUACGGCCUUUGCCUGUAUCCUCGCUAUCUUAAUUGGUCCAAGAAAUCGGCACGAAGACUCCGUUACGAAGGACAGUACGAGGGAAAGAAACCGCGCCGAGCACCAACCGAAGAAACCCUAUUGGGCGCAGCCUCCUGACAACAGCAGCCCGGCUUCGUGGAGUACAUCCACGUCGACCGGGAGACAACAGUCUAGAGACACGAUGCUGUACUUUACCGUCCAAGUUACUAACUUAACUGAAAACACCCCCAGCUGGUGCCAAGAUAUCGGCACCGUUACAGGGGCGUAUCUCUGUGAUACACCACCACGAUCUAUUUUAGGGGACUUCUAAAGCGUGGGGGCCCCGCUUAGUCGUUAUCAUGUAUGUUAUAUAAUGUACUCCCCACGGUAGACCUAUUCCCACUGCCACAUUACCGUCGUAUAUGUAUGUAUAUACGAUACACCAUUGUACUGUGGACACGAAUUAACAAAUUCAGCACAGUGUAGCCCGCCAUAAUUAUUGCGUAUAAAAAUUACUUCGUAUGAGUGGGGAAUUUCACGGUUAUUACCUACAUUGAAUAGACGUGUGUUCUGGUUCAACUCCGACGACGAGCUUGUUUUACAAAUGUAUCCGUUCAUUGAGUACUAUUUGCACCCAGUACAAUUU